AUGUUUAGAUUCAUUAGCAGAAACAGCAGAUUACUCUCCACUUGUCAGAAAUCUUCGUUAAGAAAGGCAGCCAUUGAUGAAAAAUUUCAGUUUUUCCGGUGGAACCCUUCUUCAUCCUUCUCGUCAAUACAAACCAUCGGAAAAACGGCCUCAAAUGGUGCAACCAAUGCAAACCCAGAUGAAUUUACUGUGAAUUACCUUACGGAAUCAUGUUCUUUUUCCGAAAAGCAAGCCCUUUCGCUUUCCAAGUUUGUAACUUUGGAGGCCCCUGAUAGACCGGAUUCAGUUCUUGCAUUGCUCAGGAAGCACGGAAUGAGUGUGAAUCAAAUCGCAUCUGUCAUUUUGAAGUAUCCUAGGAUCCUUUUGUCUAGCCCAGAGAAGACCAUUUUGCCCAAGAUUGAGUUUUUAAAAUCUGUGGGAUUCCCAGAUGAAGAUAUCUCUAAGUUGCUAGGUUCAAGGGUAGCCCCACUUACUAGAAGUUUGCAAUCCCAGAUUAUCCCGGGUGUAAAUUUCCUGCAAAGAUUUUUGGUUUCUAAUGAAUACGUGGUGCAAUGUGUGCUCAAGUGUCCUGAAAUUCUUCUGACGACUAAUCGGAGAUUGUUGUUAGCUAAUAUUGAGCUUUUGAGAGAGUUAGGAGUUCCUGAACCCAAUAUCCAGAAAGCUGUGAGACGCCUGCCAAAAUUUCUGCUUCUAAAAUCAGCUAAAGUGAAGGAGUCUGCUCAGAGACUAGAGGAUCUCGGCAUUGAUACUCAAACUAUGAUAUAUGUUCGAUGUUUAAGCGCAAUGGCAACAUUAAGCCCUGAGAUUUGGGAAGAGAAAUUGGCUGUUUAUAAAAGAUGGGGUUGCAGUGAGGAUGAGGUCCUACUUGCUUUUGCGAAGCAUCCAGCGUGUAUGACUGUAUCUGGAGAGAAAAUCGCGGAUAUCAUGGAGUUUUUGGUUGAUAAGAUGGGUUUUGAUCCAUUGGAUGUAUUCAGGGCACCGACAUUGUUCUCACUGAGUGUGAAGGAAAGAAUAAUUCCAAGAUGUACAGUGUAUGCUUUGCUUGUUAAGAAAGGAUUGGUUACUUGGAGGAACACGGCGUUAGCUAGGUUGCUGCUGCUGGGUGAGCAGAAGUUCCUCGAGGAAUUCAUAGAAUGCUUUAAGGAUGAUGUCGUGGAGCUGUUAAAAGUAUACAAGGAAACUCGGAUCUCUGGGUCUUGUGCAAUUAAGACUAUUCAACUCCCCAAACCCUUGCCGGCGCCGCCGCCACCUCUGGAUAGAGAGAUGGAAGGGCUUUCGGAAGAAGAGAAAAAAGCCCUGCGAGGGAGUAAAUUCGCUCCGCUUCCGUCUGCUCCGCCACCCCGUCAUCAACCUAGGUUGGCGCAUCCAGGUGGGCCAAUGAAGACGAACAAAGCAGCGGCAUUGGCCAAAUUCUUGGAGAGGAAAUUGCAGGAACCAAACGGGUUGGCCUCUGUUGAUCCUAGACUUGUUGAGUUAGCUGUUCGGAAUGCUAAAGAAACAGUCAAUUCAAGUGGUACUUCUACUUCAGGAAGGACAAUACAUCACGUUGAUUCUUUCCGGGACUCAGAGGAGUCUGCAGAAGAGGAGCUUAAGAUUUCUGUUUCGAAAAAACGGAAGAAGAAGAAGAAGAAGCUAAACAAGUCAGAAAAAAAGAAAAGCAAAAAGCAAAAGAAAUUGAAGCACUCCAAUUUGGAGCAGCUAUAG